AUGCCAGUGCAGCGAAAACAGAAUCAAAAAGCCAAUAGAGCAAACCCCAUCCUAGGUGCUGGAGUAUUUACUGAUGGAUCAGCACCAAAAUCCAACGAUGCUUUAUCGAUUUCCAGCCAGUUACAAAAUAUCCCAGCCUUGCAAAAGCUCAAGUCUGAAGAUGCUUCGGAUCGAGCAUGGGCAGCGACAGCUGUUUCGCAUUUUGUUCAAGAUGAUGCUCAACGCAAACAGCUUCUUUCUUCAGGACUUCUUCCACUGUUGGUGCCAUUAUUGGCAGAUACACAUAGCAGAGUUGUUCUUGAAGUGCUUGGUGCAAUGCAGAAUGUUGUGAUUUCAGGUGGAGAAUCUGCAGCACUUGAUUUGAUCCAUAUGGGUGUCAUGACUCCUUUGAUGGAGUGUCUAUCCAAGAUUGCUGGUCUUGUCGAUGCUGCCAUGAUUUCCAAAUCGAUUCCUCCAAAAACUAAUUUAGAUAUGCACGUUGAUGUAAUUGAUGAAUCAGAUGGGAAAAAAUCGGAAGAUCUUCUUCAACCAUCUCCAUUCGAUCUUGCCCAGCAAGCUUUUGGACUAUUAUGGAGCCUUGGAGAGGUUUCAAACGAUGUGGUUGUCCAACUCUCCAAUGUUGAUGUGAUUACUUUUGCAAUGAGACUUCUUGAUCCUUUGCACAUUUCUAUCGUGCCUUGGUCAUUGAUGCGAGUGAUUGGACAAUUCCUUAACACAAUUAUUGAAAGCAAUCCCAAAGUGCAUGCUAUUUUUUCAAAUACGCCAGCAUUUGUAACAUUGCUAUUCUCAUUUGUGAACAGUAACGCACCUGAUUUUGGAACAUGGAACGACAACAAGAUUGUACUUGCUGUUCUUUGUGCAAGUAUCCUAGAAAAUCUUCGGCCAGUAUUGAUUGAUCAAUCAGACACUCCACGCAUCACAGAGUUUUACAGCCAUAUUCUGACUGUGUUGUCUAAGUCUUUGGAUUUAGACUUGCAGUCGCAACUUGUUUGUGUUGCAAGUGCUGGUGCUGCUUUAGCCAGUCAAAAAGAAACUCUAGAUAGUGAAAUGACGGACAGUCAUGAUGGUCUCAGUGCCGUACAAAACAAAGAUACUAAAUAUCUUGCAGAGCUCGAGUCCAAACUAGAAAAUAUGCAGCUAGCUCUUGAAUUGUUGGCCAACAUCUAUUCCGAGGAAGCUCCUGAAGCUGAGCAAUGCAGUGAAGAAGUUGAGCAAGAUGACAUGACAGAAACCGAUAUUGAUAUGGACGAUAUGGCCAUUGUUACUUGUGAAGAUACGGAGCAUCAAGAAAAUGCAACUGAAGCUAAUUUGCCAACAUCCGUUUUAUCACAAGCUCUUUUGUCUGAUACACUACAGCUACUUCCAAAAUUGGCUCGCAUUGCAACCGUGCAACUCCCUGUUCCUUCUCUUGCAUCAAAGUCAACCGAGUCAGUUAUGAUUCAUAUUCAUUCUGUUCUUGCACGUACACUUGGAUGCAUUACCAACAUGAUCCUACUUGGGUACCUAUCAGAAUGGCAGGUGUCUCAAGCGACUCUUUUGACUGAACUAUUUCAAGGCAUUUUCAAAUCUUGCAUCAAUAUUUCUAGCGCUGUUCCUACAGAUAUGGUACUUUUAGAUGCAUGCAUUGGUGCACAAUGGUCGCUGCUGUCGCCGCAAACACCUACUCAAGAUUAUGUUGAUUGGCUUUUAAAACUAGUAGCGGCAACAUCAGGUGCGCCAGCUUCGCUGAGGGCCAAGGGUGUUGGUAUUCUUGCGCAUCAUGCACGUCUUCAGGGAAACAUUGAAGUGAACAGGAUCAUUGGACGCUCAUUCAUUGCCCAAUUAGCAACAUCGGAUGCACCCGAGGUGCUCUGUGAAAUCCUUAAUGGCAUUUACGAUAUCUACGGUGAUGCUACAUUUGAUUAUGAUAUGCCUGUGUUUGUUCAAGGCGGGUUCCUUGCCCAGCUUGAAAAACUGCAUCCUACAUUGCGAAGCAAAUUCAAAAGUAUUGACAAGCGUAAGCAGCGCGAUGUUCGAGAACGUGCUGAUGAAAUGAUUCUAAACCUGCGUGCAUUUAUCCAAUACAAGGCAUCUGAACGUAAAUGA